GAAUACCGCCUUCCCACACUCUUAAUCAGACGACAGAUCGUCACAGCCGGCGUUUACUCGCAGGGAGGUUCGCUGUUUGCGUGUACGUUUAAUCGUUAAUUUAGUCCGAUAUCAUGUCUUGGCAAGCUUACGUCGACAAUCAGAUUUGUGCACAAGUAUCCUGCAGAUUAGCAGUAAUUGCCGGUUUACAAGAUGGUGCCAUUUGGGCUAAAUUCGAAAAAGAUAUACCCAAACCGGUGACACAACAAGAAUUGAAAUUUAUUGCUGACACUAUGAGGACCAAUCCUAAUUCCUUUACAGAAUCUGGGAUUCGUUUAGGUGAAGAUAAGUAUUAUUGUCUGCAUGCAGAGAAUUCGCUUCUUAGAGGAAGGAAAGGAAGUUCUGCUUUAAUUGUUGUUGCAACUAAUACAUGUUUGCUUGUUGCUGCAACCACAGAUGGCUUUCCUCCAGGACAACUGAAUGCAGUUGUCGAGAAGCUAGGUGAUUAUUUGCGGUCAAAUAAUUAUUAGGUGUCUUACCAGAUUUGACUCACCCCCUGUGUACAAUGAAUCUUCCAUUUUCCAUGAGGAUUUUGGCUGUGGUUGUUCAAGAGAAGGGGCACAAACUUCCACAAGUCAACUGAAUAAAUUGAUUGGCCACUUUGUAUUUGCCAUUAAAUUUAUUGUGUAAACCCUUUGUAAACAAAUUUUUUGUAGAAAUAAUUUUGUUCCUGUGACAUAAAGAAAUGAAAAUCGUAAAUGAUCUUUUAGUACUUAAGUCCUUAUUUUAUUCCUUAAACAUUUUGGCUUGUACCAAGUGGUGAAGGUAAAUAUUCUGUUUGUAUAUUUUCUUUUAAUGGGAACAUUUUGUGAUAAGGGGGGUGAUCUAUGUAGCAUUGUUACUUGUAAUAUGAAAGCACUUAUAGCCAUCAUUGCCAGAUUUAAUAAUUAGUAUUUCAUUGAAAUUCUUAAUGCUGUUUAAUAUUAUCAAAAUCAUAAAAAGAAAUAGAUAAAUGUGGUAAAAAUUUGCAAUAAUCUUGUAUACCUUAAAUGUCUGAAAUAAGUUUCUGUAUCAACAAUUAGAUCUUGUAGCUCUUAAAUGUAUUUGAAUCAACUGUUAUGAAUAGACCAUAAAUAAUUUAUGGCCAGUACAUUAGUUGAAAUUUUGUACAAAUUAAUGUGCCUAUGUAAACUUUAUUCAUGUGGAUAUUUAAAUGCUAAUACUGAUAUCUAAAGCAAAUAUGUUUAAAUUUUGUUUGCUUUAUUUUUGUACCUAAAUAUACUAUGUGCCAAUAGGCUGAAUGAUGGUUUAGUUGAUUGCAUGGCUAUUUUGGGCUAUUAUGUACUGUCAGUGCACCCUCUCUUGGGUUCUGCAAUAAAGUCAUUCCACUACUUAA